ACGUGAACGCAGCGCAGCUCAGACGUCCUGUGCGCCUGACGUCAUUGGGUUUUCAUCGCGUUCCUCCUUUAGUUGGAGAUCACACCAGUUAGCCGAUAGCUAACUAGCCACGGAACUUGAUUUGUCACAUUUGUAAAGACACAUUUGUUGUGAAGUCUGUUUCGGUUGCUGAAUCUUCAGGACACUAUCUAUCGCCAGAUUCCCCCGACAUCGUUUUCUCUCCGUUCCCGGAGAAAACAGUGAGCCAUGUACAAUGGGAUCGGCCUGACCACUCCGCGGGGCAGCGGCACCAAUGGCUAUGUGCAACGCAACCUGUCGAGCCUGCGGGUCAAAAGGCCGCGUGAUGAGCGCGGUGGUGACCGUGAUGAGAAGGACCGGGAGAGGCUGGAGAGUCAGCUCAACAGGCAGCCCAACGCCGACAUCCUGGAGCACCAACGGAAGAGGCAGCUGGAGGUCAAGUGUGCUGAGCUGCAGGACAUGAUGGAGGAGCAAGGGUACUCAGCAGAGGAAAUUGAGGAGAAGGUCAACAGUUUCCGUAUGAUGCUGCAGGAGAAGCAGGAGCCGGCUCCCACCACCAAUGAAAGACCAACGGCGACAGAGACUCAUGCUCUGGCUGCAGCCAACCAGCAGAAGAACGACCGUCUUCGCGCUGCUUUCGGCAUCUCUAGCGACUAUGUGGACGGAUCAUCCUUCCAAGCUGACCGCAAGGAGAAAGAGAAGGAGAAGAGAGAGCAGGAGCGCUUGGAGAAGGAGAGGCUGCAGCAGCAGAAAUAUAUGUUGGUGGAAGAUUCAGACAAUUCUGAUGCUCCGCCCAAGAAGCGCAGUCGAAAGAAGAAGAAGAAAAACAAGACCAGAGACAGCUCAGAGAGUCCAUCUCCCUCUCCUCGACGAGAGAAGAAGAAGUCAAAAAAGAAGAAAAAGAAACGUGAUGCAUCAGAAGACGAGGAAGAAGACAGUUCCUCAGAUGAGAAGCAGAAGGUGUCAAAGAAGAAAAAAAAGAAGAGUGAAAGUUCAAGUCCUCCUAAAGCAAAAGCAGUGCAGGCCAGGAGUGUGUCCUCCAGCUCUGCUCACAGCCCGUCUCCGGCUCCACUGAGAUCACGUCAACAGGACCAAAGUGCAAGAAAAGCUGAGGAGGGUAGAAAGGGGAGGUCACCAGACAGGAGGAGACGAGACCACAAGGAGCACAGCCCGCAUCUACAGGGAGGCGAAGGGAAGAGGCCCAAUCUCGAGAGAGAAAAAGAACGACCGAGUGAGACAGAGAAGACCUCCGCCAAGAGGAGACAUGACUCUUCGUCUCCUUCACCUCCACCACAGAUGGAGAAAAGCAGGGAGAGGGAGAAAGGGAGAAGAUCAAGGAGCAAACCAAAGGAAAGUGAGAAAGGGAGGCGAUCCAGAAGCAGAGAGAUGGAGAGGAGGAGGCGUUCCAGGAGCAUAGAAAAUGAGAGGGAGAAAGGAAGGCGUUCAAGAAGCAAAGAAAAGGAGAAAGAGAGAGUGAGGCGGUCCAGGAGCAGAGAGGUAGAGAAAGGGAGGCGUUCAAGGAGCCGAGACAUUGAGAGAGGGAGGCGUUCAAGGAGCCGAGACAUUGAGAGAGGGAGGCGUUCAAGGAGCAGAGACAUUGAGAGGGAGAGGGGGAGGCGCUCCAGAAGCAGAGAGAUGGAGAAAGGAAGGCGGUCGAGGAGCAGGGAAAUUGAGAGAGGGAGGCGUUCAAGGAGCAGAGAUGUGGAGAAAAGGAGGCGUUCAAGAAGCAGAGACGUGGAGAAAGGGAAGCGAUCGAAGAGCAGAGAAAUUGAGAGAGGGAGGCGUUCGAGGAGCAGAGACGUGGAGAAAGGGAGGCGAUCGAAGAGCAGAGAAAUUGAGAGAGGGAGGCGUUCAAGGAGCAGAGACGUGGAGAAAGGGAGGCGAUCGAAGAGCAGAGAAAUUGAGAGAGGGAGGCGUUCGAGGAGCAGAGACGUGGAGAAAGGGAGGCGGUCAAGAAGCAGAGAAAAGAGGGACAAAGGAAAGGAGAGUGUUCCUCAGAGGACCAGACAUGACUCCUCCUCAUCUCCUUCUCCUCCACCUAAACAGGAGACUAGGAGGGAAAGGAGCAGAGACGUUGAACGGGAAAAAGACGGGAAUAAACAGGACAAAAACAAGAGACACUCCUUGUCCCCCUCACCUCCUCAUGAGAAGGAGAGGGGAAGGAGGGAAAGGAGUGGAGAGAGGGAGCGCAGGACUGAGAGAGACUCACGGGUGCAAAAUGACAAUAGGAGAGACACCGGGAGGAGGCAGGAGAGAGAUGUUUCUCCUUUCCAACAUAAAAAUGACAGGAGGAGGGACUCCCUGUCCCCUGCCUCUCGCUCACCUGUUCCUAAUGGGCGUCAGCGACAAAGAGAGGAGGAGAGGAGAAGAGAAAAAGAGAGGGACAGCACUAAGGAGAGGGAGAGGCAUCUGAACAGGGAACCAGAUAGAGAGCGAGGUCAAGAUGGAGGCAGAAGGAGAGAAGAGGCUCUCCAAACUUCUGCAGAAAGUAGGCGAGAUGAAUCUCGACCUGCGGAGAGAGACCGGAGACCAGAGAUGAAGGAGAGCCAGGAGAAGAGGAGCAGCCCUCCAAGAAAGGAGAAACGUGAUGACAAAGCAAAACAGGCUGAGAAAAACAAGGAGAGCAGCAGCAGCAGCAGUAGUAGCAGUGGCAGCAGCAGCAGCGGUAGCAGCAGCGAUAGUGACAGUGAUAGCUCCUCAUCUUCAUCUUCCUCUUCCUCUUCCUCAUCAUCCUCAUCCUCUGAUGAUGAGGGCAAGGUGAAGACAGCCGGGCCAGUAAGGAGGGAAAAAGGUAGUCCCCCAAAAAUUACACAAGCUGCCAUUGGAGCUGCAGUCCAAAAAUAUUUAGCCAAUGGUAGAAAGGAAAGUCCUGCUUCUGCUCCUGAGGGCGACGGACAGAGACGAGUCCAGAAGGAGAGAGAGGGAGGAGGAGACAGACAUGAGAGGGAGAAACCUCCCCACAGAGCUCCUCCAGACAGUUACCCAUCCCGGACAAAAGGUAUGGAGCGGUACAGCCCCACACAGGUGGACAGUCCCUCUCCACCUCCUUCCCCGUCCAACAGAGCUAACACCAGCAGAGGCACCAACAGGUACUCUCCCUCUGAGGCCGAGACAGAGAAAACCAGGGGGGAGGUGAGAGUCAGAGAGAGGGAGAGGGAUGUAGCCAGGAGGCCUGCAAGGUCACACUCUCCGGCCCAGAAAACCUCCACCGCCUCACCAGCCCGUCGCACUCCACCAAGGCAGUAUCAGGAGUCCCCGGGUCGAUUCAGGAGAGCUUCUCCUCCUCCAGCCUGGUCAGAGCGAGAGAGAGAGAGGGAGAGGCAGAAGAACAGGGAGAGGGAGAGAGAGAGAGAGAGGGAGAAGGACCGAGAACGUGAGCGUGUUGCCAGGAGGAGCAGGUCCAGAAGCCCGAGGAGGCGAAGCCCCCCCAGCAGGUCCCGUCGCUCUCCUUCUCCUCAGCGGCGAAGGAGGAGCAGUCGCUCCCUCUCCAGAGAGAGAGAGAGAGCGAGGGAAAGAGAACAGGAGAGGAUCAGGCAGAGGGAGGUAGAACAAGAGAGACAACGGGAAAAGGAGCGUUUGCCACCAAAGGUUGUUCCCCAGCCCCGCAGGUCCUCUUCCUCCUCCUCAUCUUCCUCUAGCUCCUCCUCUUCCUCUUCAUCCUCACCUUCACCGCCACCAGAGAGGAAAGACACAAAGACGGCUCCACAGAGAGACAGAAGGACAGAGCAAGUGGAUGAGAAGAAAGAGGACAGAGAGCAGAAAAGUCGCUCCUCUUCCUCACAGGCCGCCUCCAGAGACUCGUCACACGCUCCAACCUCAGGUAGACGAGGCUCCCAGUCGGAGUCCAGGCGCUCUGAUGUCACCUCCAGAAGGUCUCCCGCCGGUAGCCAAUCAGAAACCAAACAGCCAUCACGAGAUCCAAGCAGGAAGGAAUCACCAGUGAAAGCCCCUCAACCGUCAGAUCAAACAGUCAGACGUGAGAGCGCUGUCAACGGGAAGGAGGCAAAUACCAACAAGAAAGUCAGCAGGAGCAGCAGCUCCAGCUCCUCUUCUUCGUCAUCCUCCUCCUCCUCUUCCUCAUCUUCAUCCUCCUCUUCAGACAGUUCUGACUCUGAAGUGGAGCAAGUAGAAAAGGGGACAGAAAAAGCUCAGAGCUCUCCAUCCUCAUCCUCCUCAUCAGAGAAUGAAAAGGAGUCAAAGAAAAAGAGCCCUGCCAGGUCUGGUAGGGUGCCUGCUGAUUCACUGAGAGAUUCUCGCUCGCUCAGUUAUUCUCCUCCAAGACACAUGAGAGCAGCUCUGCCCUCGCCCAGUCGCAGGAGUGGCAGCAGGCAGUCACCGAGCCGCUCAUCAAGCAGCAGACGAAGGAAAUGAGCUGACAACUCGCGACGCUUCACUUCUUCUUCUGUGUUUGUUUCUCUGGUUCUGAGCCACCACACACGUAUCAACAAUGUUUGUUUUAUAAGCAGUGACGACCAGAGGCUGGCUUGUACAUUUUUUAUGAGCUGAAUGAGAAACGUAGACAUUCAAAGACACAAACACAGCAAAGUAAAACGUAACUCUAACAAUGUCCCUCUGUACUUGUACUGUUGGUUGCGUUCUACCCUGUAGAUAUGAGCUGUCUGUAUUUUGGUUAUUUUCAUGUAACGGAUUCGAUUUCCAUUUAAUGUGAGCAGAAACUGAAACGUGGAUAAUUUCUUUGUUGAAAAUGGUUAAUAAUAAUAAAAUGCAAUUGUACAUUUUA